UUGGAAAUGGAAUGAAGAAGGGAAAGUUGGGAUUCGACAGAUAGAAGAAGAAGGGAAUGAAUAUUGAAGUCUCAAGGUGUUCAGUUGGAGCAAACAGAUCGGCGAUUGGGAGAUUUCGAUUCGCGCUCGCCGGAGAAUUCCAUUUUCCCCGUCUUCCAAUCCGAAGUAGACAAGUCCAUUCUCUUCUCGAUCUGUUCGCCCCUCGGGUAAGUCGUUGCCAUCUUCCAUUUUCUCUCUCGGGAACUUUCUUUUUCAGAUCAGAUAAAGAAGAGGGAAAGCCAGAAAGGAGUACGGGGCGACUUGGAUGUCUUGCGGAUCCGGAUGGCGACUUCGGUGUGGGAGUCAGGGAGAGCGAAUGCGGAGGAGCGGUCGAUGAGUUCCGUUCAAGGGUGGCGCUGGGAGAAGCACUGGCCGACGGAGGAGGAGCGGCGGGAGAUGAAGUUGCGGCAGUCCGGUGUGGUGAUUGCAGGUUGGGAUUCGGGCUGUGCCGUGGGGUUCGUAACCGGGAGAGGUAGAGCGACGGUUUUUCCAGACGGCGGUUACAAUCCCGACGCAGUGUGACGGUUACGCUCCCACUAACAACGGUUCCGAUAAGUAUCCCUCUCUUGGUAUUUUUAUUAUUUCUUUAGUUUUCUUUAUAAUUAUCCUCCAUAAUUGUUUGUUUUUCAAUUAUUCUUUUGGCACUUUUCAUUUAUAUCUUCUACAAUUAUUGCGUACGUUUGAAAAUGAAAUUCAUGAAAGAAAAUAGAACGGUUAGAUUUCCUCUCUAUUAGUAGAUUGCAUUUUAUGCUUCGUGGGUGCAGCCCGAUAACGGCUUUCAACAUCAUGCUCGUUGAUUGUGCCGCUCGCCUGGGCUCUCCUUCAGUUCGACUUCUCGACUGUGAGGAUGUCCAAAUGGUUGCCGCAAGAUCCCCUGGCUUGUUUUUUAUUUUCUUAUUUUGCAGGUUCACUAUGGCUACGGAUGG